AUGGAUUUCGAAACCAAAUAUCGAGAAAAUCUCUCUUAUCCACCAACAAUUUUAUCGGAAAAUUACAUGAAACCCGGGUUUGAUGAUGGAUUUUCUUUGGAUGCUUGCUCAUCAUCUAAAGGAAGUCUCCAAGAUUACUCCCAAUUUGAUCAAUUUCAUGUUGAUGAUUUAUCAUCAAAUUCGAAAUCCGGUGUCCUUCCACCCUAUUUCAAUCAGUUUGAAACCUUAGCUAGUGGUUCUUCUUCUAAUUUUGAUAUCUUCGAAUCUAAGUCUUUUAUAGAGGUUGGUGAUAAGGAGGUCAUGGAGAAAUUUCAGAAUAGGGUUUUCAUGAAUUGUCCCCCUAUAAGAAUCAAGCCUGAUGUGAUCGACCUAGAUAGAAUGACUUACCCCUCCUUGAAUUUUCGAGAUCUAGAGUUUCCUAACUUACCAUUUUUUCCACCAGAGACAUGCAUUAGUGAAGAUCAAAAUAGGUUUUGUAGGAAAAUGGCCACAAAUAGAAAGAAUUUUUCAAGUAGAAGAACAAGUAAAGUCCAAAAGAGGACUAAUCUAAUCAAAGGGCAAUGGACCACUGAAGAAGACAGUCUUUUAGUGCGCUUGGUAGAGCAGCAUGGAAUAAGAAAAUGGUCUCACAUUGCUAAAAUGUUGCAUGGAAGAAUAGGAAAACAGUGCAGAGAAAGAUGGCACAACCAUCUAAGGCCAAACAUUAAGAAAGAUUCAUGGAGUGAGGAGGAGGACAAGAUUCUAAUUGAAGCUCAUACAGAAAUAGGAAACAAAUGGGCAGAAAUUGCGAAAAGAUUGCCUGGGAGGACUGAAAACUCUAUAAAGAACCAUUGGAAUGCAACAAAAAGAAGGCAAUUCUCAAGGAGAAGAUGCAGAAACUCAAAACAUCAAAAAUCAAGUUCUCUCCUCCAAAAUUAUAUCAAGAGCUUGUCUGCAACUUCACAAAUUGCAGAUAAUAAUCAAAGAAAUGCAAGCAUGGAGGCUAACAUGCAGAUUGUUAAUCCCAUGAUCAAGUCCCCAACUCAACCAGAGAGAUUUGAAUAUUGUGCAAGUGAUCGUUUAGUGCCAAAUUAUGAUUUUAGUGAAGCUGCAGAUUUUUCAUUGAAUACAAAGAUGUUUCCUCAGAAAUAUAGUCUUGGGUCUAUAUUUGAUGAGAUUCCAAGUGAAUCUGGUGUUGAUGAGGGAAGUUUGGAGGAGAUGGAAAUGCCAUUGGAUAUGGAUUCUUUGUUGCAAUGUGAUGUGAAGAGGGAGAUGGACUUGGUGGAGAUGAUUUCUCAAACCAAUAUGUAG